UUUGAUAAAAAUUAUCGAUAAUAUAUACAAAUAAAUUCACCCAAAGCGCAUGUUUUAUCCUAUUUCUAAUUAAGUGAUACCUAAACAUAAUUUUUUUAAUUAAUUAAACUUAAAGUUACAAGUGUUUAAAUGAUUGUCAGUUAAUAUAUAUGAGAUAUUUCUCUUUAUCCAAUCUCGUAAAAUGAAACAAGGCCUUUCUUGAAUCUAUUGGGCUGAGAAAGUUUUCUAAUCAAAGGCGAUGGUUCAGAACCGGAAUUAUACUACAGGUUUGUUUGAGCGACUGUUGUCCAAGCAAUAUUUGUCUGGUGGUGUUUCUGUCUUUUCCACAAACAUAAAAACAGCAUAAGUGACGUGUCAUGUUCUAAAAGGUUGUGUUUGCGUAACACCAAGUACGAACAUUCCGAUAUUACCCCGUACUCGUUUACUAUAUAAACCACAUCGAACAAAUCAAAUCCCUCUUCAAAUCUCCCAGUCCCUUCCUCGCUCUUCUCUCUAGCUAUUGGAUCGGUGACUCUGCUUCUGUUAGUUUCAGCUUUGAGUCGCUGCUACAAUGUCUUGCAUUAAGAGAGUUGAUAGAUCCGCGUACGUUGCCAUGGCACCAGAAGCUCCGUUCAUGGCUGCCGGAACGAUGGCCGGAGCCGUUGAUCUGUCUUUCAGCUCAUCCUCCAACCUCGAGAUCUUUGAACUCGAUUUUAACUCCGAAGACCACGAGAUCAAACUAUUAGGUCAGUGCUCAAGCUCAGAGAGGUUUACUCGACUCGCUUGGGGAAGUUAUGGACCCGGGUCCGAGGAAUCUCCUUAUGGUCUCAUCGCUGGUGGCCUCGUCGACGGGAAUAUCGGUUUAUGGAAUCCAAUCACUCUGAUUCGUUCUGAGUGUAAUGAAAGUGCGCACGUUAGACAUCUUUCAAAACAUAAAGGGCCAGUUCGUGCUCUUGAGUUUAAUGUUAUCUCCCCAAACCAACUUGCUUCCGGGGAUGAUGAUGGCACGAUCUGCAUUUGGGACUUAGCAAAUACUUCAGAUCCUUCUCAUGUCCUAAAGGGCAGUGGCUCUUAUACGCAAGGUGAAAUCUCCUCUGUUUCAUGGAAUAGAGAGUUUAAACAUGUUUUAGCAUCGACCUCAUAUAAUGGGACUACUGUGAUAUGGGACGUGAAUAACAAGAAGGUUAUAACAGGAUUCAAAAAUUCCGAAUCGAGCGAUAGAUUUAAAGGUCUCAUUAGCUGCUCAGUUUUGCAAUGGGAUCCUGAUAAUUGUAAUCAGAUAAUGAUUGCAUCAGAUGAAGACAGUUCACCUUCUGUGAAGCUUUUGGACAUAAGGUAUCCACAAUCACCUGUUCGCACAUUUGUUGGCCACCACAGAGGUGUGAUUGCAAUGGAGUGGUGUCCAAGUGACAGCUUGUAUCUACUUACCUGUGCUAGAGACAACCGAACUAUUUGCUGGAACACAAAGACAGGACAGAUUGUGGCUGAGUUACCUACUACAAACAAUUCAAAUUUUGAUGUUCAUUGGUCCCCAAAGAUACCUGGAGUUGUAUCAGCAUCUUCAGCUGAUGGGAAUAUUAGCAUCUAUAACCUUGAGGGUUGCAGCCGCAAUGGUAGUGGAGAGAACAAUCUUAUUGAUGGAGCUCCUUUAUUAACAGCACCAAAAUGGUGGAAGCUAUAAGAGCCCAAGCCCAAGAAGAACAACCAAGCC